AGGAUCACAAUGAAGAACCACACAAAGGUGACAGUUUUUAUCCUAGCAGGUUUGACUGAUGACCCACAGUGGAAAGUUGCGUUGUUCAUAUUCCUGCUUCUUACCUAUCUGCUCAGCAUCACUGGCAAUCUGAUCAUUAUCACACUCACCCUGGUGGAUACUCACCUGAAGACCCCUAUGUAUUUUUUCCUUCGAAACUUCUCAUUCUUAGAGAUGUCCUACACUACUACAUGCAUCCCCAAGUUGCUUGUUACUAUGGCAACUGGUGACAAAACCAUUUAUUACAACAGUUGUGUCUCUCAGGUGUUCUUUGCUUUCCUAUUUGGAGCAUCAGAAUUUUACCUGCUGGCAGCCAUGUCCUAUGACCGAUAUGUGGCCAUCUGCAAACCUCUACACUACAUGACCAUCAUGAACAAUAAAAUCUGUGUGCAGUUAGUCCUCAGUUGUUGGCUUGCUGGCUUUUUUGUCAUUUUCCCACCACUCGUGAUAGGCUUGAAUCUUGACUUCUGUGCUUCCGACAUCAUUGAUCAUUUCUACUGUGACACCACUCCACUCAUGCAGAUUUCCUGCACAGACACACAGCUCCUGGAGACGAUGGGGUUUGUCUCAGCUCUGGUGACACUCUUGCUCACAUUGCUAAUGGUGAUAAUAUCCUACACCUACAUUGCCCUGACGAUUCUAAAAAUCCCUUCAACCAGCCAGAGGAAGAAGGCUUUCUCCACAUGCUCCUCUCACAUAGUUGUGAUAUCCCUCUCGUAUGGCAGCUGCAUCUUCAUGUAUGUGAAACCAUCGGUCAAGCAGAGAGUAUCUAUUUCCAAGGGAAUUGCUGUGCUCAAUACCUCAGUGGCCCCACUUCUGAAUCCUUUUAUCUACACCUUGAGGAAUCAGCAAGUGAAAAGAGCCUUCGUCAAUACAAUACACAGGAUUGCAUCUUUGUCAAAGAAGUGA